AGCACCAGCAGCACCAGAAGCAGCCGCAGACGGCCGCGCCCGCAACAGUCGCGUUCCAACCGUACCGCCGCCCGGUCGCAAACCGCCGCCCGGCACAGUGCACGCAAACUGCAGUGUAUUUACAAAAAAUAAUAUUGAUAUCAUUUAAUUGUAAGCACACACGAUCGCAAGCGUUUAAAAAUUUCGAGCGUGUGUCCGCGAUCCGGUGCCGUCGCCGCAGGUAUAAGGGGGAAUCGUUUCGAAUUUUUUUUUGUUUUUUUUUUACCGUUUUUCCGCGCAUGUCGACGGUCCGCCGUGUCAUCGCCGUCCACUCGAUCCGGAAAUCGACCGCCGUUAUUAUAAUAUCUGUUUUAGAGUGCCGCAGUGCAAUCCCAACAGUAUUGCGACCGUUGGCAGUGCGUUCGUUUAUAUUUUUAUGUACAUUAUUGCGUCGUGUAAUAGGUACAUGCGCGUAGGCAUCACAUCGGUUAUUAUAAUAUUAUAAUUGUAAAGACCGCCGCGAUUCGUUUCGCCCAACGACGACCGCCGCCGACAGACCGUGAACCUCGGCACAUCAUCGUCGCAGCAUCGACAUGAUCAUGGAUUCGUCGAAUGCCGGCGCGGAGUCCACCGGCUCCGGCAGCGACCGCAGCAGCAACGUGUCGACCAGCCCGCCUCCACCGUCGUCCACGUCGUCCCAGCAGCUCCAGCAACAGCAAAUACAGCAAAUGCAGCAGCAACCGGCCACGGGCCCGUCUUCGGUGGGCGGCGGCAGCAGCGUUGGCGGUAACAAGGACGGCAGUCCCAGGGACGAGCGGGGCAAUAGUCCCAUGAUGAACCUCAUCAACACGUCGCAGCAUCACGCCAUCAUCACGCCGACGCGCGGACUCAGCCCGCCGGUGCCGCAGACCGCGCCGCCGGUGGUGCCGGCACCGGUUUCGUCCAUGAGCUCGCUCGCGUCCCGCAUACCCAUGGGACUGUUCAACUCGCUGGUGCAUCACUCUUCGCCGCUCGAUCUGAUGGCCAUGGCCCAUCACCACCAACAGCAACAGCAACAGCAACAGCAGCAGCAGCAACACCCGUCGUUGCAACAGCAACAGCAGCAGCAACAUCCGCCGCGGUCGUACAACAGCCCGCCGCCGAUCAGCAGCACCGACCCGGCCGCCAACGAGUGCAAGUUGGUCGAGUACCGUGGCCAGAAAGUGGCCGCGUUCAUGAUAGCCGGCGACACGAUGCUGUGCUUGCCACAGGCGUUUGAGCUGUUCCUCAAGCACUUGGUCGGCGGACUUCACACCGUCUACACAAAGCUCAAGCGGCUCGACAUCGUACCGCUCGUGUGCAACGUCGAACAGGUCCGCAUUCUCCGCGGCAUGGGCGCCAUCCAGCCGGGCGUGAACAGGUGCAAGCUGCUCUCUUGCAAGGACUUCGACACGCUGUACAGAGACUGCACGACCGCCAGGUGCAUGAUGUCGCACAAGCCGACUGACAGUUCUCGGCCCGGAAGACCGCCUAAGAGAGCGUCAUCUGUGGGCCUGUCUCUGGCUGCAUCGGCCUCGCACUUGAGUCAUCAGUUGAAGAAACACCGUCUCGAAAACGGAGACUACGUUGCCGGAGUUUACGAAAACGGACAUUUACAAGAUUCGCCACGCAUGGAAAAAUCGCCGCUGCUUGCAAACGGAUACAAUCACCCACCCACACAUCUCGGACACAUGCAGUACAUGCAGCAGUUCAACCACCACCACCAUCAUCCGGCGGCCGCACACGCCAUCAUGAACCCAGCCGGUCUGUCGCACCCCGCGUUGCCCCGUCCAGACGCACAGCUACUUAAGAGCCAAGGACUCUCCAUGGAAGCAUUGGCCAGUUCGGGUAUAUGGGAAAAAGCGUAUGCCGGCUUCAUGAAACAACUAGAAAGAGCCAACGAUGAACGAGUGGGCGACAUUAAUCGAGCGUUGAACUUUGAUCAGAAAGCAAGGGAUUUGACAUCACAAAACGACGAGACUAUAAUGCGAUUUCUUCACUAUGCUGCAGGUUCGUCCGAAGGACAUAGCCCGGUGUUGAACCUGUCCAAAACGGGAGGCGAUCAUUCAGGACCAGCCAGCGAUCAUUCGGCGGGCGGCCACACAAACGUCGACGAUGAAGAUGACCUGGACGAGGACGACGACAACAUUUCCGACGGCGAAGAAGAUGACAUCAAGGAUCACGACCUCAGCGAUAAUCCGGACGUGGGAGGCAAUAGCAGCGCGCACGGUAGCGUCACGCCUCCACCACAGGCGUUGAACUUUGGUUCCGCCGGUUCUGGGGACAUGGGUUUGCCUUACAUGACCACUGAGUCGCUUCUCCGAAAGAUACAAGCUCUGCUUAAGGCCGCCGCUGACAAGAUCCGAGAUGACGACCGCGCGUUGAACUUCGAAAAAGCCGAGUUGAAAAUGGAUGUGCUUCGUGAAAGGGAAGUCAAAGGAAGUCUAGAACGACAGUUGGUCGACGCCCAAAAACUGCGGGUCGUUUACCAAAAGCGUCUGCGCAGAGAAAGGAAAGCCAGAAAACGCGUACAGGAUCAGCUGGAACAAGAGUUGAAGCGGAGGGCUCAACUGGAAGAGAUGAUCAAAGCGGCCGGUGCGCCAGCAGACGCACUCCGUGUGCUAACAGAAAACAACAACGAAAAACCGAGGGAAAGAUCAGAACAGUCGCAGAGUCCGCAAAACUAUUCUUCGGGACAAGUGCAACGGGGUUCAGAGACAUCCAACGACAAGCAAUGGAACUAUUCGGGACUGGACCUGAUGAGCUCGUCCGGAGCUGCAGCAUUCUGGCAAAACUAUUCCGAAACGUUUGCGCAGGAGCUCGAUCUGGAACGAAAAGCCAGACAGCAACAGUCUGCCCAACAGAAUCAACAACAGAGCCAACACUCGGACAGAGACAUUAAAUCACCCGUUCCAGACACCAGGGCAAAAUUUUUCAAUAAUUCCGUAUUGUUCAGCACGGCAACAUAAUUGCGGAGCGUAGUUUAAAAUUUUUAAAUAAUAUUUAAAUUGUACUUAAACAAUAUUAGUGAAGAUUUUCUCGUUUUGUAUCAUAUAAUAUAUCAUAUUAUUAUACCUAUAUUGUAAUAAUAUUAUUACGUAUGUCGGCAUUUUUUUUUCUUUUGUAUGUAUUUACGUAUGUGACUUUAUUAUGGGCUUUUACGCGUGCAUUUUAAAUGCAUCAUAUUAUUAUUAUUAUUAUAUGUAUGUAUCAUGUAUUAUUAUUAUAGUAUAAAUAUUAACUAUUAAAAUAUUAUUUAGAUGUAUCGUUAUAUUGUAUAGUGUUUCGCGACGAACAAACACGUAUUGCGUGUUGUAUUACACAUUGCCGAUGUUCGUAUCAACCGAUGUGUAGACGGUACGUAAAGUGUUUGUAAUAUCAUGCGAUCUCAAAAAUCAUGACGUAAAAAUGACAUAUUGUAUUAUAUAAUGUUGUACGAACUCCGCGGGAAACUUCGGCUUUGUCGAACCCGAUGAGUCUGUAUAAAUUAUAAUAUAUAUAUAUAUAUAAAAUAGUAUAUUAUUUAUUAAUUUCAUUAUAACUAAAUACAAUUUACCGACUGAUUAUUAGAAAAAAAAACUUUGUAAUUAAAAACACCGUAUAAAUAUCGAUAUACGGAUCAAGCGUAUGUCGUAUCGUAUACAUUAUAUUGACUUUAAUAUUAAUGUAAACGUAUCGUGUCUCCCUACUUAGAAAAAAAAUUGAAAAAGGAGAAAAAAUAUUAAUGCAUUAUAACACGGUUAUACGUCCAAAAUUGUAUAAAUAUAAUAUAAUUAUAAGUAGUUCCUUCUUUUGGUAUAUAUAUAUAUAUUUUUUUUUUUUGUUCGUUAAAUUAAAAACGAAACUUUUUUUGUGACCAUAUGUCAUGAUAAAAAUAUGUAUGUUUAAUAUUAUAUUGUGUACCGCCUAAAUAUUUGAAUCGAUAUUUAAAGUUAUAGUAAUAUCAGUAUAUAAAUAUAUAUUAUGUAUUGUAUAAUGUUGUGUGAGGUACACCCACGCGCGUUUUCGCAUUUUGUAUAGAAGUAUAAUAAUUUUAAUAUAUAUAUGUAUUGUGUAUUGGCGUAAUUUUAUUAAUUUAUUAAUUACUUUUUAUAUAAUAUUAAAUAAUUUAUAUACAUAUUAUUAUUAUGUGUAUACAUAUUAUACAUAUUAUUAUAAUUAUAAUUAUUAUUAUUAUUACGUGUAAUAAGGUUGUAGAUAAAACCAAAGAAGAAAAAAUUAAAAUAUUAAAAAAAAAAAUCAUUAUAAUAUACUAAUAAAGAUUUAGCCAGUAUAAUAUAUAUAUAUACACAAUAAUACAGUAUAUUAUGUAUUUCUUUUUUUCUGUAAAUUAUUAUUAUAAAUAUUAUAUACGAUUACAUAGUUCUAUAAUAUCAUUAUAUUAUAUUAUCAUCGACUAGGCUAUAUUAUUUAUUAAACUAUAAUAUUGAUAUAUCGCCCAACGAGUGUGUACAUUUAAAAACAGAAAAAUUUAAAAAUUAAAAAAAAAAACAUUAAUUAACAAUAAUUUCUACUUUUAAGCGAAUAUAUUUAUGUAAUUUUAAUGAAACUAUUGUUCGCCAAAAUUCAUUAAAUGUGCACAAUACUUAUAUGAAAAAUAAA